AUGAGCUCUGAAGAUAUGGACAUCCAGAAGGAGAUUCGAAGAAGAAAGCUACGACAGAAGGUUCCCCAGGCUUGUGGGCAUUGUCGAAAAGGUCAUAUGACCUGCUCUGCAGGCAGACCUUGCCAGCCAUGUAUAAGCCGCGGUUUGGCAGAAUCAUGUGUGGAUGCACCAAGGAAGAAAAAGAAGUAUAUGACAGAUAUCCCAGACUACUCAAUCUCUCCGGUCUCCGACGUGAACAAUGGCAAUGGCAGUUCCAUGACCAACAGCAACUCAAUCUUCAUGAGUUCCACUGCAGAUUUGGAGUAUAACAUACUGGGUUCGAUCACGCGAGAUAACUUUACAGAGACCCCCGAGGAACACCUGGUGGCAGGUCCCCGGUUCGACAACAGCUGCAACCAGUACUUUAUCGGUCCUAGCUAUACAUUCUCGGAGGUGGUGGAAAAGAUCAGGGACUUCAAGGCUUUAGAUCCCGAGACUUUCAUGAGACUGAACGACUCAUCAGCGGUAUCUUUUUCAGUUGCUGCUCAAUCAAUGGGUUCCGGCAACGGACUAAAGUUCCAGGAGCCCAGCGAGAUCUACUCCAAGAUCAAACAACCUUUCCCAUAUCCCAAGUUUUAUCACGUGCUGAACUUGUAUUUGCGGAGGAGAUUUGACAAAAAACAUCUAGUUUCCAUGUCUAAGUCCAUGGCCGAAUACAGACCCUCUUUCAUUGCCGGUAUGAUCCAUCUCAAGGAAGACGAUAUGAUCUUCACUGAACAGUGCUUUCAGCGAACCCUACUGGAAUACGACAACUACAUAUCCACUAGCGGAACUCCAACCCUUGUUUGGAGAAGAACCUCGCAGAUUGAGUACGUGGGUGACGAGUUCUGCGUUCUGACUGGAUGGUCAAAGGAGCAACUUCUGAAUAAGCCCACCUUUGUGGUGGAGAUAAUGGACGACAAAUCGUGUGUGGAGUAUUUCCAGCUGUUUUCCAAGAUUGCGUUUGGAGAUUUCAGAGGUGCAACAAUGUUGGAAUGCACCCUUUUAACCCCAACGGGCGACACGAUACGGACCUCCAGUAUUUGGACAUUGAAAAGAGACGUCUUUGGAAUUCCUAUGAUGAUCAUUGCCAACUUUCUGCCGACACUACAAUGA